CACACCACUACGAGCUUUACUACUUCAUCGCCAACAGUGUCCCCAGCUUCUCGAGCGCUGGUGGUCUGUUGUUCGAUUAUUCUAACAAGCCGCCGUCGGCUCCCAAAUCCGACGAUCCUCUCUCGAGGCCGAACAGCGAACAGCUGGAAGGAGCUGAUAAGGAUCCGACACUAACCAAGGUGGUCGAUAGACGCUGGUACGAGCGCAACAAGCAUAUUUUCCCUGCGAGCUUGUGGCGGGAAUAUGAACCCGGAGCAGAGUUUGAGGAGAAGAUGCGGACUACCAGGCGUGAUGCGUCCGGGAACACAUUCUUCUUCUGAAGUGAUGGUGCAGCCAAGAUCCUAGAUCUAUAGAUGAUAUGCCAAGGCGCGAAAUGUUAUGUAUGCUAAGAUACCCGUAUAAACCCGUCCGAUGGUAUAUAAUUGAAGUUGAGACGCUUUACAGUUAUUUGGAUAUCCUUAUAUGCGGGCUGUGCUCUGCUCUGUUUCUACCUCCGCGUGCUUCCCGUAUCCAGUUGUCCGUAGCCUCAACGAAGACACUUCACUCCCCGUCCGACUAUUACCUCUGCGAGGCUCGCACACUGUCGAAUAUGGACUUUUACCUUCGGUGCAACUCCCUCAAGUGUCGAACCCAGCUUAAAGAAAGAGCGGUCGUCACUACCUGCUCACAUAUCUUCUGUCUUCAAUGUGCGAGCAAUCUAGGUCUUUCGCAGCCUACAUCGGUCGAACGUCGCUGCCCAGCAUGCCAAACCAUUCUCAUCAACCCAGACGACGCGGUUGCGACAAGCCUGAACCCGUCAGAAGACUACAAGACGAGCGUACUCAGUGGCCUGGACCCGAACACGAUAAUGGAAUGCGCUGGACGAGCUCUGCUGUUCUGGGCCUACCAGACAACUCAGGAAAUCUUCUACCAGGAGUUCCUCGGAAAGACCCUCACAGAGAAAUACGCAAACCUGAACACGCAGAUGGACAAGAUCAUUCAAAACGCGAACUCGGAGAUCUCAGCCCUACAAGCACGUCUAUCAGACAUGCAAACAACACAAGACGAACUCCGCAAGAAAAACCAAGAGCUCGUGGACAUGUAUCGCGAAAAAUGCAAUCGGUUCACGCAGAUCACGAACCUGUACAACCUGCUGAAGUCGCGCGCCAUGAAAUCGCAGAUGCAGACCGCGGCGUCGGACUCGGUCACCCAGACGCUGAGCUCGCUCGCUCCGCCUGCCUCGCGCCGUGGUGAUCCACCCUUUGCUGCUGCUGCUGCUGCUACGAGCCACCCCGUUCACGCAGAAACGGGGUCUUCGAUCCCACCACAGACUCCACUGCAUCGGUAUCCCGUCGAUCGCGAAGGCGUGGAACAGCUCCACCGACACCAACGGAGCGGGACAGGGAGCUCAAAAGGGGCAAAGCAGAAGGCAGACGCAGCGGCCAUGCCACCGCCGCCUGGCCGUCUACUCGGGGAUCCAAGAAGCUACGAUGCCUCGACAACAUCGACCACGAACCAGCACCGAACACGACUGGGCGGCUCCACCACUCGACCGUCAACAGGCGCCUCACAGCUCCCACACGACAGCGUGAUGCUCGCGCGAUUCGGAGCAGACGGCGGUCCGAACAACCCCUUCGUCAGUGCGCGGGACUCGGUCUCGAGGGGCGAUGCACAUCUGCGUCAUGCGGGUCCGCCGACAUGUCCCGGGGAGCCUCCAGGCGUGAGGUCGUAUUUCGACAGUACGAUCAUAUAGCUUCCAUUACUUGGUGAAGAAGCCUGCUGGAAGGAUCCGGGGUGGUCGGAACAAGCUUGUGUGACGUGUUUUCUGCCCGCGCUUACUUAUUGAUCUCUGUUGCUGUUUUGCUUUUGCUUGUGCCGCGCGAAUUAAUCUAGAAUUUAAGCCAACUUCACUAUG